GUUGAAAGUGAAAGAAUUCACAAGUCAUCAAGGUAAAAAUGUACCUGGAGAUGGAAACGUUGAACGUGAUCGUGAUCGUCCUGCUCGUUUCCCAGCAUGCCUUGUGUGUGGAGGUGUAUGAGGGGGCGGAGUCUGUCUUGCUGCCCUGCUACAGUGACGUCCCUAAUGUGACUGGAGUCGUGUGGAGGAGGAACAUAACCAUCGUUCACGGUCAAACGCACGAGGGCGAAGACCGGCUGCGACAGGACCAGCGAUACGUCAACCGAACAUCGAUGAGGGAGGACGCUCUGUGGAGCAAAAACUUCAGCCUCAUUCUGACCAAACCCUCCGUUAACGACAGCGACAACUACACCUGCACUGCCAGAUACCUUGGACAGGACCUGAACCAAACAGUCGUUCAACUGAUGGUCAGAGGAGUAGAUGCUCCUACAGGUCGACAAGCGUCACACAACCAGGUGAACCUGGAGGUGUUUGAGCCACCGUCCUCUUCAGUGGAACAGGUGGAGGUGGAAUCAGGGGCGGAGUCUGUCCAGCUGCCCUUCAGAACCUCAACCGACCUGUCUCAAGACGUCAAAGUGGAGUGGACGGGCGGAAGCUACAUCAAGGUCCACUUGUAUGAGAACAUGUCAGAUCAGUCUGAAGAACAGCAGCCGGAUUACAGAGGCCGAACACAGAUGAAUGAAGACGCACUGAGAACCGGUGACCUCAGUCUGACCCUGAGACGCCCCAGAGUCAGUGACAGACAGCAAGAGGACAGACUGGAGGAUGUGGACAGGACUUUUGGACAAUGGAUGGAGGAGGUGCUGUGGGAGGCCUGGCGGGGAGCCGUUUCCAUGGUGAAGGUGCCAAUCAGAGUCUGUCGCGGGCAGGGACCCAGAU